UAAGAAUGUUAUAUUAAUGCUAGAAGGAAGUGCCAGAAGGCGGAACAAACGUCUGUGAAAGUUUGUGGAUUCCAACAGCAGCAGCAGCGAUUCUGCGAGUGUCAUGGUGCAUAGAAACAAAAAGAUCAACUAUCCAAAAAUGCCAGAGUUUGCAUUAAAUAAAUGAUCAGGUAAUUCAGAUUCUGUGCAGUAAGCAUGUGCGAAAGAGUAUACAUAAUAGAAGUAGAAUCAGCAUAUUUAAAACACAUCGUAAGAAAGUUAGGAAUAUUAGAAUUAAUAGUAAUUGACUUCGAGGUUAAUGCACUUUCCAAAAUUUGUGGGAAGAUAUUGAUGAGUUCGUUAGGAGAUGCCUUAAGAAGCUCAUUAGUAACACAAUUCAAGGAAAAUAUAGUUGACUGGGAUGCUGCUUGGAAAAAUUUAAAAACCAGUGCCGCUACUGAAAAGGAAAUUCAGAAUGGAAUUAUGAAGUAUCUGAAGAGGCCUAAGGAGAGGGCAUAUGCUGAAUUAAAAAUCAUGCAGGUACUUUGCAGGACUGGAAUAUGUGUCGCUCGUUCAGCGAUAUACGAAACCCUAGCCGGUGAUGAAACUGACUUCAUUGAACAGAAUAUUAUUGGAAAUUACCUUUUGAAUGGUCCAGAAGUUAAAAUUCGAAGACAGUUGCCGGGAGGGCAACUGUAUUGGUGUAGGGAACUACAAGAAUAA